UGCUUGCAGUCGAUGAAACCCGAGUGAAAUUGUCAGUCAUCAACAAUGAUCCCUUCAGUGACUACAUCAAUGCCAACCAUAUUUAUGGAUUUGGCGGCUGCUUGAGGUACAUUGCAUCCCAAGGACCCAAGGAUGCGAACGUCAGCACCAUCGGCGACUUCUGGCGCAUGAUUUACGAACAGAAGAUGGACAUCAUCAUCAUGGUUGCCAAUUUCAUCGAGGGGGGAAGGGUCAAGGUCGGGGAGUACUUUCAGCGUGGAGCUACUCUGGAGUUUGACGGCUAUGUCGUGUCUGCCAUUAACAGCGAACAGCACCCACACUACAUUGUAUCUACUAUACAGGUCUGGAAGGGUGAUAUUUACCAUACCGUCACGCACUAUCACUACACCAGGUGGCCCGACCAUGGGGUGCCCAGUGAAGCCCAAACACUAGCUUCCAUGAUGAGGGACAUCCUCAGCACACACACGCAAGGUGGCGCUGUGGUGCACUGCUCUGCUGGCAUUGGCCGAACUGGCACUGUGCUCUUAGUGUUGCUGAUGCAAGAGAUGCUGACCAUCGACGGUGACGUUGAUCCCGUGCAGGUCCUGAGACGCCUGCGUGAGUGUCGUGCACGACUGGUGGAGAAUCAAGCCCAGUAUAACUUCGGUCUCGAGGUUUUUGAUGAAAUCCUCUAUGGCGCACAUACAGUGACUGCUCCGGCUAGGCUAGCUGCUGCAUUACCAAGUCUUUUGCAAGACAGCCACACUCUUUACACAAGAGCAAAGAAACUGCCAACCGGCCUGACCUUCCGCAUUGGCUCUCAGGCCAGUGUGGCGCACUUGAAUCGAUCCCAAGACAUACUUCCAGCAGACAGUCGUAGCAUUUUCCUGAACACUGGCGAUGGUCAGAUCUCGUCUCAGUACAUAAAUGCCGUGCGGAUAAACGGGCUCGAUAAGCCAGACACUCUUAUUGUGACUGAGCAUCCUCUAGAAAGUUCAGUGCUGAAAUUUUGGCAUCUUGUAAUAGAGAAAAACUGUCUUUCUGUUAUCCUUCUCAACUCCUAUGAUGUAUCUGAAGAGAUGGAGUUUCCAGCGCUGAUACCGGAGGAUUAUUCCUACUUUACGAUAGGCUCAUACAGCAUCCAAACUCAACAUUUCCAGGAGUAUGAGGCGGUUGUCCAGUAUUCUAUGAGUAUAACAACGGAAAAGAAUACAGAACACAAAGUUGUAGUGUACCAGGUGCGAGACUGGCCUUGUACUAGUGCUGUGCCAAAUAACCCCGAAGCCCUCCUCACUGUAGCAGACUUAGUGCUCUCUGGACCCACUAAUGACGGUCCAAUGCUGCUGUGUUGUGCGGAUGGCGUCACCGCGUGCGGGCUGAUGGCUGGUGUUAUUCUGACAGUGGAACGCCUUCAAACGUACCAGGAAGUUGAUGUUUACCGCACGGUAGUGAGACUCCUUCGCUGCCGGCCUCAGUUCUUCACUUCGGUGGUUCAGUUUGACUCGCUGUACCAAGCUGCUCUGAACUACAUAGAGAAUUAUGAUACAUAUGCCAACUUCAGUGGCUGAAAUUGCAGUGCCUUUGUGAAAAAAUAAGGAAGGAUUAUGUCUGAACAAUAAGAAGAACAUUUUACACAUUACGUAACAAGAAUAUUUCUGUUACGAGGAACUCAGCUUGAAGUACAAAACCUCUAGGAGUAAAGGAAAUACGAGAUGUGAGUGCGUUCGUGACCACAGAUACGAACGUAGUAAAACAUACUAUAUGAAACGAAGAAGAACUAAAGAGAUUUUUAUCAUAGUUUUUUUGUCUAUAUCUCUAAAAACAGAAAGUAAAAUUAAUGAUUUACAUGUGACUCGUCGGCGCCAGACGUACUUGUAAGGAAAGAGACCAAAAAAGAAAACUCAAAUGUACCUUUCUCUCGAAAUCUCAAAAGGAAUAAAGGGAAUACACAUUAAUACAAAUAAAAGUCAUGAUACCAUUUCUUCAUCUCCCGUCAGAGCGCAAACAAGGCAUGGCAAACAGAAAUGUAUAUUUUCCAAAAAUUACGUUUGAGGCGCUUAUUAACUUGUCAGACCAUUUCUUUCUUGUUAGUGGUGGAUCCAGGGAGAGAAUGGGGAGGAGAGGUAUUGUCCUUUAGAAUGACCAGCCACGUCCACAAGAUAAAGCAGGACACAAUAUCCAGAAAUGUGUAAAUAAUUUAAGAUGUCGCCCAUAUGUCGACACUCCGGACACCUUAUACAGAGAGCUGGACCAGUAUCUCACGCCCGUUAGCCAAUCACCAUAGAGCUAUCUUGAGCCUCAGCCAAUCACCGUCGAGCUGAACACGGCAGUGCUAAUCCGGAUGGCAAAGUACCGGUCGAAAUUAAUGGCCUUUUUUGUAACAUUUCCGAAACCACCAACACUUUUAUAUACACUGAUACAUGUUUGCCCUUUGCGCGUACAUUAGAACCUGCUGAAACAUCUUUUCAUUUUGUAUCAGGAGUAUACCUUCAACUUGAUACACUCCGGCCAGCCAAUCUGAAUGCGAUAUUUUUCAGAUAGAUUUCAAGCAGUCUCAGAUAGUAAUAUAUAUUUUAAUUAAUUACGAAUCGUAUCGUAAGAUUCUUUACAAAACUUUUUUUUGUAAGGGUGCAUAAAAUGUUUGUGCCUAUUUUUCAGUAGUGCAUCAAAUACAUGUUCAAUCUAUAUGGGUAAGAUUUAAAGUCAAUCAUGACGGUCGCAAAUGACGUGGAAUUGACUUCGCUGGGAUGAAUGUCUUGAAAAUCCUUUUGUACUUCUAUACUAUAACCUUGCGGGCUCAAAAAAAUCAAUGAAAAUGCUGUAUAACUUUAUUGAUACAAUUCAAUCAGUAAUUCAAGUAAAUCUUCGUGAUCAUUAGAAUUACCCAGUUGGACACGGAACUCACUCACGGUGGAUACGAUAAGAUGCAAAACCUUAUGCACCUUCUAUAUUUCAAUUUCGUAUGUAAUUAGGAAACAAAUAUUUUGACAGAAUCUGGGAAAUAAAUUUAAACAAUAUAAGUUGCACACAAUGUCUUGCUUGUAAUUAAAACCAUGCCAGCAUAUUAAGUACUUCAAUGGUUUUCUAUUGACUUUCUUUAUAUGAAAUAAAUAAAGAUAACUUCUGUUUUCAAUGAUAUCGUGUUUUGCAGAGAGCGUGAUACAACUCUUAACUAUGUAUCAAAGUGUUCGGGGUUUCGGGACGCUACAAAAAAGGCCUUAAAUACAUAGUGUCCCUUUUUUUUCUUUUUCUUUUUUUUGUAUGUAUGUUUUUUUCCUCUUGGUUGCCGAAACGGGGAAAGUGUCUGUUUAUUUGAGUAGUUUGCCGCCUUGUGACGUCAUCUCUGACCGUGCCUGCCGAUCAUACUCAUCUCCUCUUGUCCUCAGUGCUCACCCCUCGUGUCUCCCCCACGCACACUGGAUCCGUCUUUUUCUUGUUUUAGACAGUGUAAUGAACUUGUGCAGUAUGAAAAUAAAAUGUAAUUUUU